AUGGCCCUGGCUUUGAGAACGGUGGAAAUGCACAUUGAUUUCAACGACCAAGCUGAUGAUGCAUACAAAGUCUAUCUCAAAAAUGGGAGACUCAUGGCUUUUAUAGCAGUGAUCAUCAUCUCCCUUCAUACCAUGAUCUACCUGCUCAAUAUCUUCUCUAUUACACCUUGGAUCACCGAUUUUAUAACGAAACAAAGCUACCAGCUUCUUUUUGCAACUCCUGGCAGCCCUGAAUUUACCAACCUUGUCAUUGGUACGGUGAAAGACUUGAAAAUCUUUCUUGUUGUAGAGUUGGUUUUCUUGCUCAUCAGUGCCAUUGCCUCCUUAUUCUUCGCAAUAUCCACCACCUAUGCGUCAGCUUUAAUUCAUGGUGGCAAAAAUAUAUCCAUCAAGGAUUUGGUAUCGACGACAAUCCGAUCAUUGAAAAGGCCAUUAAUCACUUGUUUUUACAUCACUCUCUUCCUUCUUGGUUACCUUUCUCUUUGUUUCACCACUCUGCUUCUACUUGCGAUGAUUCUUGGAAUUGGAGGUGAUCAGAUCACUUCAGCGUUUUCUGCUAUUCUGCUCACAGUUUCAGCUACGGUUUUCUAUACUUUUGAAUCUGUUGUUUGGAAUCUGUCCCUUGUUAUUUCUGUACUUGAAGAAAAAUUUGGCAUUGAAGCACUUGGGAAGGCUGCACAGAUUUGUUUAAGAUUGGUCAAGUUAGAGCAACCAAAAACGAUGGGAAUUGUAAUUGCAGUGCUGGUAGUGAGUUCAAUCUGGAUGGUGAGGAUGUUUUGGUAUACAGCUUACACUGUCUUGUACUACCGAUGCAAGAAGACUCAUGGAGAAGAGGUUGAAUUGCAAGCUGCGGAUCAUAUGGAAUACACCAGAAUACCAUCUCCACCACUUACUAAUGAAACGAUUCCAUGA